AUGGGCCCCUGUACCGCCUCCUCAUGCUGCUGCCAGGCCCGUAAUCUGCCAUGGGCCCCCGUACCGACUCCUCAUGCUGCUGCCAGGCCCGUAAUCUGUCAUGGGCCCCUGUACCGCCUCCUCAUGCUGCUGCCAGGUCCAGAGUGUCUCAUGGGUCCCUGUACGGCCUCCCAUUGCUGCUGUCUCCAUCGCCACACUCUGCCAUGUGCCACUUUCAGGUCUCCUCACACUGCUGCUGGUGGGUUCCAUUUUUGUCAUAGGGUGCUGUAUGGCCUCCAUUGCUGCUGCCUCCACCGCCACACUGUGGCUCCACACUCUGGUUUUGGCCCCGUGACUGCCCAAAUGAGUGAAGUGUGCGGUGAUUCUAAGAUCGACGGCACUCAUCUGCAUGUCAUACUGACUGACAGUAUUAUUUCUCUUCCCCAGCAGACUCCAAGGGCAUUUAAAUUAAAGGUACAGUGUUCUGCACUAAUAUAA